AUGUCGGGUAGCAAAGAUGUUCAAAGUCAUUUGGCCAACGUUGCUUUAGGAAGAGACACGGGGCGGCAGAAGUUAACAUUUGACCCAACAACAGGAAAGUUGAGAGUGGUGAAUGGAACUCAAAACACUGGGGACAAUAUUGUAUGUACUGACAUGGCCGCUGCUGGUUUCUUUAUCAGAGUUAUGAACAUGAAAGGAACUGUAUGCUCUUCUGAAAGUGUAUAUAACAUGGUUAUGAGAGCGUACUGA